AUGCCUGAUUUGAACAUACCGGAAUCAUUUUACAAGACAAAAGCCAUGAUAAGUGGUUUAGGCCUUGAUUAUAAGAAGAUAGAUGCAUGCCCAAACGAUUGCAUGCUAUUUUGGAAGGAGCAUGAAAAGGACAAUUCUUGCACUAUUUGUGAAGCUUCACGGUGGAAACAAAAUGCUGCAACUGAAGGAUGCGAGUCUGAGCAACCAAAAAAUGACUGUAGAUUUCCUGCAAAAGUUUUGAGGCACUUUCCAUUGAUUCCUAGACUACAAAGGUUGUUCAUGUGUUCAAAGACAGCUGAGUCAAUGAGAUGGCAUGAAGAAGACCGCUCAAAGGAUGGAAAAUUGAGGCAUCCUGCUGAUGGUAAAGCGUGGAAGGACUUUGAUGAGCUCCAUCCAGAUUUUUCUAGUGAGUCCCGCAAUGUAAGACUUAGCUUAACGAGUGAUGGGUUUAAUCCAUUUAGGACCAUGAGCUUAUCUCAUAGUACAUGUCCUGUCUUGAUGAUGGUAUACAACACACCACCUUGGCUGUCCAUGAAACCUGAAUAUACAAUGUUGUCAUUGUUGAUUCCUGGACCAAAAUCUCCAGGCAACGAUAUCGAUGUUUACCUCCAACCACUGAUAGAGGAGCUAAAAGAGUUAUGGGAAUCCGGCAUAGAGACAUAUGAUUCUUCAAUGAAUCAAACUUUUCAAAUGCGUGCAGCUCUUCUGUGGACAAUUAGUGACUACCCUGCUUAUGCUAUGUUGUCGGGAUGGAGCACCAAAGGAAAAUUGGCGUGUGCCUGUUGUAAAUCUAACACCAAUUCGUUAUACCUCAAACACAGUCAUAAGAUGUGUUAUAUGGACCACCGUACCUUUUUACCAAGAACUCAUUCUUGGAGAGACGAUGUCAAAUCAUUUAACGGAGAAGAAGAACAUAGGACUGCACCAUCCAUGUUAAACGGGGCAGAAAUUCUUGAACUCUUAAAAGAUUUCAAUAAUGAAUUUGGGAAGAAGAAUAAGAAGAAAGUUGAUGGCCCGUGGAAGAAGAGGUCAAUUUUUUUUGAGUUGCCUUACUGGGCUCAAAAUACAUUGCGCCAUAAUUUAGAUGUAAUGCACAUUGAAAAAAACAUAUUUGAUAGUAUUGUUGGAACUCUUUUGGACAUCCUGGGGAAGACAAAAGAUCAUAUUAAAGCCCGUUAUGAUUUGCAAGAAAUGGGAAUUAGAGAAAGACUUCAUCCAAGGGAGAUUGGUGGAGGACGUUCAGAGUUUGCGAAAGCAUGUUUCUCAAUGACUCCGCACGAGAAGUCAAUUUUUUGUGGAGUUAUAAAGGCUGCCAAGUUACCAGAUGGGACUGCAUCAAAUAUUUCAAAAUGUGUACAAGUUGGUGACAAAAAAAUAUCUGGUUACAAGAGCCAUGAUGCGCAUUUCAUGUUACACUAUUUGUUGCAAAUUGCAGUAAGAAGCACAAUGCCCAAGGAGGUGGCAACCCCACUAAUUCGUCUUGGUUCCUUUUUUCGAUCUCUAUGUCAGAAAGUUAUACAAGUGGAAGAUUUAGAUUACCUAGAAGAUGAGAUUGUAGAGAUACUUUGUCAGUUGGAGAUGAUAUUUCCUCCAAGUUUCUUUGACAUAAUGGUUCACUUGCCUAUUCAUCUGGUAAAUGAAGUUAGAUUGGGUGGUCCUGUUCAAUUUCGAUGGAUGUAUCCCACCGAAAGAUACUUGUGUAAACUUAAGAACUAUGUCCGCAAUAGAGCUUAUCCUGAAGGUUCUAUUGUCGAGGGGUAUCUGGCUGAAGAAGCUAUAACAUUUUGCUCAAGGUAUUUGCAUAGCAAUGUAGAUACAAGGUUGAAUAGGAAGAGUCGGAAUUAUGAUGUUACCGAUUCACUUGAAACAGAUCCAGAUGAUUACUUUACAACAGUCGGUCGUCCUUUAGGGGGGGCAGGCGAACCCUUUCAUCUUGAUGUGAAAUCAAAGGAUGAUGCCCAUCAAUACAUCUUAUUCAAAAGCAAUGAAGUUCAAAUUUACAUCAGUGAGCAUGACCAAAGUGUUAAUUUAAACACUAACAAAAGGAAGUGGACCAAGGCCAAAAGUCAAAGUAAAGAAUUUAGUGAAUGGUUUAAAACUCGUGCCCAGAAUGAUGAUGUGCCAUUACAACUUGAAAAACUUUCUAGAGGUCCUAAUUUUGUUGCAAAGAGGUAUCCAGGUUACGUCAUUAAUGGAUAUAGGUUCCAUACUAGAAAACGAGAUGCAAAUCGCAAAACUCAAAAUUCUGGCUUUGAGGUUGAAAAAGACAAAUACGGACUUACUUGUGUGCGUUUCAAUAAGAAAAUUUAUCAGAAUGAUCCAUUUGUGCUACCUUCUCAAGUUCAUCAAUGUUACUAUAUCCAAGACCCUUUUGAUCCAAACCGGCAUUAUGCUCUGCAAACAGUUCCACGAGAUUUCUUUAACAUUGCUGACCCGUCAAACUUACAAGCUGAAAGUGGAGAAAAUAGUGAUGGUGAUGGUGAAUUAAAUUGGGUUAGGGAAGACAUACCUGCAACAAUAGCUGAAACACCUCAUGAAAUGAAUGAAGCUGAAAGUGAUGGAGAGGAUUUUGAUUAUGAUGAUACCCUAUUUGAUUUCAUGGACUAA